AUGUCUUUAAGACACCUCAAUAACAUCGGUUUUGCUCUCUUUGGCCAGCCCUGUUCGGGCAUUUUCAAGGACAUUAAAGGUCGUCUCCCAUACUACCUAUCUGACUGGACCGACGCAUUGAAUUAUCGUGUGGUACCGGCGACCAUCUUCAUGUACUUUGCUAAUUUGCUUCCUGCUAUUUCAUUUGCACAAGAUAUGUUUGACAAAACAGAUAACGCUUUUGGUGUAAAUGAAGUACUACUUGCUUCAGCGAUUGGCGGGAUUGUAUUUGGAAUCUUUGCUGGUCAACCUUUGUGCAUUGUGGGUGUGACAGGUCCAAUUGCUAUUUUCAACUAUACUGUCUAUGAGAUUAUUGUACCUAAAGGUAUCCCAUAUUUCCCCUUCAUGUGCUGGAUAUGUCUUUGGUCUAUGGUUAUGCACUUUAUUAUUGCCAUCUUUAACUGGAUCAACUCGCUACGCUAUGUAACUCUCUUUUCCUGUGAUAUUUUCGGGUUCUUUAUUUGUAUCAUUUACAUUCAAAAGGGAAUCCAGAUUUGCACUCGUCAGUUUGAAUUUGCUGGAAAUGCUAACGACUAUGGAUCUGCCACCACAACUCAUGGUGAUUUGCCCAUCAAUUUGGCUGCCGGAUACUUUUCAGUCAUGGUGGCCCUACUCAUGAUGGUUUUCGGUGUCCUUUGCUCUGUGAUUGGAAAUUAUACAAAGUUUUUUAAGCCUCCCAUUCGUAAGUUCAUUAGUGACUAUGGAACCCCCCUAACAGUGGUGUUUUUUUCUGGGUUUGUCCAUUUCGGUGGCCGUAUGGCCAGCACACCUGUUCAGCACUUACCUACCACACGAUCGUUCCAACCAACUUAUUCUGGUGAACAUCUUGGUCGAACACAUGGAUGGUUUAUUCAUUUUUGGCAUGGGAUUUCUGUUGGAGAUGUAUUUCUUGCUAUCCCCUUUGCUAUUCUUUUAACUCUCUUGUUUCUCUUUGACCAUAAUGUUUCAUCACUGAUUGCCCAGGACUCAAAAUAUAAACUAAAAAAACCAGCCUCGUUCCAUUGGGAUUUCUUUUUGCUUGGCAUUACAACGGGUCUUGCUGGAAUUUUAGGGAUCCCUGCGCCUAACGGAUUAAUUCCACAGGCACCGUUACACACUGAGAGCUUGUGCAUCUCGGCAGAUCAUAUUAAAAACCACCAAGAAACUUCUGAUACUGAGUCAGAUACAGAGUUUAUCAAUAUGUCUGGAACAAACUACGUGAGGGCCAUUGAACAACGAGUAAGUAAUACUUUACAAGGACUUCUUAUUAUGGGAACCAUGAGUGGACCUUUACUUGUGGUUUUGGGUCUUGUUCCACAAGCAGCUCUUGCUGGGCUAUUUUGGAUCAUGGGCAUCAGUGGUCUCAUUAAUAAUGGGCUUACAUCCAAGUUACAAUAUAUUAUUACCGAUCAUCGGUAUCUUUCCCCAGAAAUGAAACGACUUGAUGGGUGUAGCAAGCGUGGGCUUUAUAUAUUUACUUUUGCACAAGCAGUUUUUGCAGGAGCAGAGGUUGGCAUUACACAGUCUAUAGCAGCAGUUGGGUUCCCUGGAGUUUUACUUCUUUCAGUUGUUGUUGGAUAUGUUUUACCAUUUAUAAUUUCGGAAGAAGAUAUGGCAAUUUUGGACCGUCCAACGGCGCCGGCAUUUGUAUUAGCAAAUCUGAGGCGGGUACGCAAAUCUACAAAUUCAACUGCUCGCAAUAGUGCAGAAAUGAUGGACGAGGAGGAAAGCUAUCAAGUGGAAAUGCAAGACAUUUUAGACACCCAUGAUAAUAAAACACAAGGAAUAGAUACGGAGUCGCGGGAAAUUGAAGAGCAUCCGCAAGACUCUGAAGGCAGUCAUUUACACCACCGCCACAACAUUGAAUAA